AUGUCAUCGCCAGAUCUGCGCAGGAAGGUCGGCCAGCUCUUCGCGGUCGGCUUUCAUGGUCUGGUUCCCAGCCCCGAAAUAAAAAUCCUGAUUCGAGAUUAUAACCUAGGUGGGAUCGUUCUCUUUAAACGGAACAUUCGCGAUGCUGCGCAGCUUCAGUCUUUGACUCUCGCCCUGCAACAGGAAGCCAAGGACGCUGGUCAUGAACAUCCUCUUUUCAUAGGCAUAGACCAGGAAAAUGGCCUGGUCACCAGGAUUUCUCCACCAAUUGCAGCUCAGCUCCCGGGAUCGAUGGCAUUGGGAGCAACCCAUUCCCCAGAACUUGCUUACCGUGUCGCCAAGGGAACGGGAGAGACCCUAGGACACUUUGGCAUCAACAUGAAUUAUGCUCCUGUCUGUGAUAUUAACUCUGAGCCUUUGAAUCCCGUCAUCGGCGUGCGUAGUCCCGGCGAUGACCCGGAGUUUGUUGGCCGAUUAGCAAGUGCUGCCGCCCAAGGGCUCAGAGAAUGUAAAAUUGUGCCCUGCAUCAAACAUUUUCCGGGCCAUGGGGACACCGCUGUGGACUCUCAUUACGGCCUCCCCGUCAUUCCCAAGGACAGAGAUCAGCUGGAACUCUGUGAAUUGGUGCCUUUUCGUCGCUGCGUUGCGGAGGGUAUUGAAGCUGUCAUGACUGCACAUAUUGCGUUGCCUGGUCUUGGUGAUGAAAAGUUGCCUGCUACCCUUUCUGCCGAUGCCUUGAACAUCUUACGGAAGGACAUGAAGUAUGAUGGUAUGGUGAUCUCAGACUGUCUUGAGAUGGAUGGUAUCCGCGCCACUUAUGGCACGGAACAGGGCUCCGUUCUCGCAUUGAAUGCCGGAUGCGAUAGUAUCAUGAUCUGCCACACGUAUGAAGCGCAAGUGGCUUCGAUCGGAAAAGUCUGUGAGGCUAUCAAAUCUAAUGUUGUUCCCAUUUCUCGUUUGGAAGAGGCUUCCAGCCGCGUUGACAAGUUGAAGAGGGCCUUUUUGAACUGGGAUACAGCGCUGCAGCACCAAGGUACAGAGGCCCUUGUCUCUAUUAAUGCAAAGAAUUCCGCUCUUGCCAGAGAGGCUUACUCUCGUUCUACCACCCUGGUCCGUAGUAAACCGGAAGUUCUGCCCUUGUCUGAAACUGGCACGAUUGCUCUCAUCCUUCCAGGAGCAGAGAUCCCUGCGGGUGGGGCUGUGGAUGGGGAAGGACUGGGAAAACAGGGAUCCUACAAGGCCACUCAUUACAUUAACAUACUCCAAUCCUAUAACCCGGCCACUGUUGAAAUUCGCCAUGGUGCUGCUGGCCUGUCUGCUGAACAAUGGGAUGUGGUUACUGCCGCUGAUGUGGUCAUUCUCACUACGAUGAACGCAGCCGAAUCUCUAUAUCAAAAAUCCCUUGGCCUAGAGCUAGCUAAGCGUGCGCGGAAAGUAGUUUCCAUCGCAGCCAGCAGUCCUUACGACUUUCUGGAGGAUCCAGAUAUCGGAACAUACAUCACCACUUAUGAGCCAACGGUAGAAGCAUUCGCAGCAGCAGCGGAAAUUAUCUUUGGAAAAUCACGGGCGAAGGGAGCCUUGCCAGUUGGAUCAAGAACUGCGACCAAGUCUUCAAUUACUGUGAUGCCAUUUGAUCCCCAAAAUGACCUAGACCAGCUAGCUGCUAUCUGGAAUGCGGCCCUGCCUACCUACGCGCUUCCCAAGGAGAAUUUACAAAGACUGCUGGUCAGGCCCAAUGGGCACCACUUCGUUGCCCGCAUUGGCUCCACCAUGGCAGGCUUCUGUAUCGCCUAUACAACGCUAAACAUGGGAAAUAUUUCUGGGCAACUUGCAGCGCUUGUUGUGAAUCCUUCGCAUCAGGGUAAAGGUGUUGGGACUACCUUGCUGGCGAAAACCAGGUCGUUCUUUCGGACCAAUUUUAACCUUAACAGUCUCGCUCUGAGCAGUGUAUUUCCUCGAUUUUGGCCCGGGAUACCCAAGGACUUGCCCUAUAAGGUGCAGGAGUUUUUUCUACACCGAGGCUUUCGACUCGGCGCUCCAGAUGAUCGUGCGGUUGAUUUGUAUCAAGACAUCCGAAACUAUGAAGCCCCCGAGGACUAUGUCACUCGCGCUAAAGAACGGGGCUAUACUUUCAGUCCUCUCCAGUCAGAGCAUUAUGAAGAGUGCAUCCUGGCCCAGAAAAGGAACUUCUCUACAUACGGAGGCUGGGUUGAACAAUAUGUUGAGCUCCAUCCUCGUGACCACCCAUCCAGUAUCAUGGUUGCAUUUGACUCCCGGGGGAAACAGGUUGGCUGGACACUAAUGCUAUCUCCGUCUUCACCCAUCCUUCAACGGGAUUGGGCCCUUCCACCAUUAUGUGGUCCCAAAACCGGCCUGAUCGGGUGUGUUGGCACCGAUUCUGCGCACCGAAGCCAAGGGAUUGGUCUUGCACUGCUCUGUCACGCCAUUGUGAAUAUGAAACAAAGAGGUAUCGAGGGAAUAUUUGUCGAUUGGGUUAGUUUGAACGGCUGGUACGAGAAGGUGGGCUUCCAAACCUGGAGAAGUUAUAGGGCCGCAUCGAUUUGA